ACAUCCAGAGUUAUAAUGAUACAAAUGGAGUACAGUGGAUGGAAUUUUGCAUGCGAAUGGCAGUUAUUAAUAUCUCAAGCUUAUACAACUAUGGCAAUACCGAGAAUUCGUCUCUCAGGUCAACCACAACAACUGAUAUGGAUUUUAAUCAAAUUUUGGAUUUAGAUCCAACAUUUGCUGAAGAAUCUAGGCUCACUUUUGCUGUCAUGUAUCAAUUCAUAUCUAAAUAUCUUGAUUCUAUCUCGUUUAAGGGUGAAGCUGAUGUUUCUGAGGGCUUGCUUCUAUAUUGUGAGAUUGUGUUACUUUGGAUGGUAGCUAAUGAUGUUUUUAAUAAUUUUGUUGAUAAAUCUAAAAAUUGUAUUUGGAGAAAAUUUUUGGACAAAUCUAUUUGUCCUGAUUUUUGGGAAACCUUGGUUCGAUUCCUUACAAAAAUUGCCCAUCAAGUAUCUCCAUUUACCAUAAAAGAAAUUAUAGAAUUUUCAUCAAACAUUGAAGAUUCAAAUUCUGUAGAUCGUCUUCGUCCUCCUCCAUUGACUGAAGACUGGGAAUUACGUGGUAUUUCUUGGCUUCAGUCACUUUAUGAGCCUUAUAUGUUUGAACAUGUACCUAAACCAUAUAUAAAAUUUGUGGAUGAUGACAUUGAGGUUAUCAUAAAUAAUAUUAAUGAUAAUUUGGACCUGAUUUCUGAUCAAGAUUCUAAAAGUCGUCGUAGAGCAAGGAUUAUGGAAUUGGGUUAUCUGUUAACUAAGAAAAUCAUUGGUUUGGAUUUUAAUAUUGAAGAUUUCACUUUUACGUCUUCUUUAAAAUUAGUUGAUGAAAUUUCUGACAAGGAAAAUGAAAAUCCUUUAAAUUUAUAUACUGAUGAUGAUGAAACUAGUCAUGUUACAACGAAAUCUACAGAUUUUGCCGAUAAUGAACACAUUAAAAAUCUUUUAGCCACAACUCGUGAGAGUUUCCGAGGUUCCUCAGCACAAAAAUUUUCGUCAAAGAAUUCCAAAAAGAAUACUUCUCAUACAACGAAAAAGGUUACACCUUCGCCUUCUAGAGUUGCUGCAGGAUAUAGUACAAUUGUAAUCGAUACCAAUUGCCUUAUCGGGGAUCUCAACAUG